UUUGGUCGUAAGGUACGUGUGUUGUCUGGAAGCGCAGUAGCAGAAAUUGAUGCAAUUUUGCUGUUAUAUUGCCUGUGAUGGACUUACCAGCUGUCUCCCCCACUUAAAAAGUGACCAGCAUAUUUCGUGUGGACCUGGUUUUUAACCUUGAUGACUACAACCUCUGCUAUCUGAACUCUGUUCAGAGUGUAAUGGUUUUUAAGAGACUGGUUUCUAAGAGCUUUCGUAACUUGUGUUUAUUUGUGGGACUUGUGUCACGGCAAAUUGUGGCCAGUAUGGCUUGGCGAUCCAGUGGUAACACCAAUGCCAACCUUGUGGAAAACUUAAGAUUGAAUGGUAUUUUGAAGUCAGACAGAGUAGUACAGGCCAUGCUACAGGUAGACAGGAAGAACUAUGUGAAGAAUCCUUUGUACGCCUACGCUGACUCUCCACAAAGUAUUGGCUACUCUGUCACCAUCAGCGCCCCUCACAUGCAUGCACAUGCCCUAGAACUGCUGUCAGACCAUUUGAAGGAGGGGUCAAGGGCAUUGGAUGUAGGGUCAGGAAGUGGCUACCUGACAGCUUGCAUGGCUCUGAUGGUUGGUAAAUCUGGAAUGGCUGUAGGAAUUGACCACAUGGAGCAACUGGUUAGUAUGUCUGUGGACAAUGUAAAUAAAGACCCUGCCAUUGGUCAGUUGCUGGAGACUGGACAGAUGAAGCUAGUUACUGGGGAUGGUCGCCAAGGUUACACUCAGGAUGGUCCUUUUGAUGCAAUCCAUGUAGGGGCAGCAGCCCCCAAACUACCCCAGGCACUGAUAGACCAGCUAAAGCCUGGUGGUCGCCUCAUCAUUCCUGUAGGAGAGCACCACCAGCAACUACAGCAGAUAGACAAGAUGGCUGAUGGCACAGUCCACAAACAGAAUCUGAUGGGCGUGAUCUAUGUACCACUGACCAGCAAAGAGAAGCAGUGGCCAAGGUCUAAAUAACAACAUACUGACCUCACUGAGAUCCACCAGUGAUGAACUUUGACCUGAGUUACACACGUCUUACCUAUGUUGUUUUGUUACUGGUUAAAUUGUUACCCUACUGAUGCAACUGUGGAUAGUUUUAUUGUUAUUCUUUCGUGGACAGUCACCUAUUCGUAAAAUGGCAAACUUUUAAGUUAACACCUGCCUGGUAUUCCUGUGGAGCCCGGAUAUUUUGGAUAGUCUCCCUUGAAGGUUGGACCCAAGGAUAUGAUUUUGGCUGUAUAUGACUUUUAGAUGAAGCAUGAACAUAUAUUUACUUGUGUGAUUCAUUUUAAUGUGAUGUAAUUUUCACACAAUAGAUGGUUUCCAGAAACUUCAUGUUUUAUCAGAAUGGUCUUGGGACAAGAGAUCAUUGGAUGUCAUUACUGGUGAAGUGAAGGUACGAAUAAAUGUUGAAUAUUAUGUGGGUAGCUUCUUUUUUGUUGAAAAAAUCAUAUGCAAAUUUGAUAGUGAAACUGGCUACAAAAUUGAAAUGAACUUAAUGUUUACAUCCUUAUUGAGACACAUGUUUAGAUUACCUAAUGAUCAUGCUGCUGAGAUGCAUGUGUCUUUCAAACUUUUAACUGUACAAUGCCUCAUGUCAAUAAAUCUACCUAUCAUAUGACUAGGUCAAGGUCAUUGAAAUCACUAGCUGUUCGCCUAUUGCUAGCAUUGAAGUUUUUGCUGUCAAAGUUUUCGGCAGUUUUUUUUUUAAGCCAAAAGAAAAUUUCAAAAUCUGUGUUAAGUAGAUUGUAUGACAUUCAAUAAAGUGAAGGAAUUCUUUCAAAUACUUUCUCUCAGUCUGGUCAGAGAUUGUUGUCCUCGAUUCUUAUCAUUGUUUUACAUCUCACUGUUUCUGAUUUUUUUCUUUCUAAAAAGAUAUUAAAAACUGUGUCAUAAGCAUUGAAUUAUUUAUAUCAAAACACAAAAUUAAGGCAGAAUAUCUGAAGACAUAUGAUAUUAUAUAAAAAGAAAUUAUACAUAAUUUGAAGAGUUCUGUAAUAUUUUUAUAUUUUGAAAGAGAUUACAAGAUGUAAAUAUAGUGUUAAAUCUAUAAUCUGGUGAUUGUAUCCAUAACGUACCACCACAUACAUGUAUCUUUAGUCUUAUGUAAUUAAAUAAUACACAUAUCUAUAUUUUAGAAAGUGUAAAUUAAUGAAUAUUACAUGUUUUUUUCAUUGUAAUCUGGUACUAACUGUAAAUGAUAUUUUCAAAAGUAUAUGAAUUUGAGGUUUGGUAGAAAUAAAAAUAUCACCAUUAUUUUUGAUGAACUUCAGAAUAUAGAAUUUUGUUCUGGUAAAAUAAAUCACUCUCAUAAAUCCUACAUGUUCUUUAUUUAAAGAUGAAAAGAUAAAUAGGUAGAAAAUACAUGUAUUUUGUUGGUAUUGAUACUAACCAUAUUUGAAUUACCCAACUUUUCCAAAAUAUUUCCUUGUGGUACAUAUGUACAUGUAUUUGAUUAUUGAUGUUUUUCUGUGAUGGAGAUUCAACAGGUAUUGAACUGGAGAUUGGAGUCUGUCUGUCCUUCUGAUGAAAGCUUUAUUGUAACACAAUGUUGUACUGGUGUAGACCAAUGGUAGACAUGGUUAUAAAUAUCUAUACUACCGAUACCUGAUGGGAAGGUUGUAACCUGUGUGUUGGCAGCUUUCCACGGUUGUGAUCAAUAUUGCUCUCACUUCUUUUUUUCGAAUGCUUGUUAAAUUGCAUAUAGCUUGAAUUUAAUAAAUUAUGUUGAUGAAA